GUGACGGAGGGCCGCGGCCUGGCGAUCCACAAAUCCUCCGCAGAGCCCGGCGACGCCUGGGCAGAUGUACCGCCGCCGCGCCGAGCGGGCCUUGGCAAGGGCCAGGGCAGCGGCCAGGGCACCCCCGCCGUCUCGCCCGACGUUCGCGUUCCAUUCUUCAUCCGUGGCCCCACGUCGGGCUUGGAAGCGGUCGUCGUCAGCGUCGGGGGUCGCACCGCCCAGAGCCGCCCCCGCGGCGAGGGCGUCGAGGGGCGGCCUCUGCAGGUCGGGCUGGAGCUCGUGGAGACGCGG